AUGGGGUUAAACGGCCGCGACGAGCACCACUCACCGUCCUCGGCCAAGUCCCCCCGCGGCGGCGGCGGAGGCGAGCACAACUCCCCGCCAAUCAGCUGCCCACGUGGCGGCGCCGUGUCGUCCUUCCUGCUUGCGGCCGCGUUGCUCACUUUCUCCUUGUCCAUCGGCAUCACGGCCACGCUCGCCGUCACGUUCUCCACGUCGUUGUCGUUGUGCCCCAUGCAGGCCUUGUUCUUCCCGGCCACCAGCGCUAGGUUCGUCCAGCCGGAGUCGGACGUCCGGCCCCCGGGCGCCGACGUGCCGCGGCUUGCCUACCUCAUCUCUGGGUCCAUAGGUGACCUGGACCGGCUGUGGCGGGUGCUGCACGCGCUCUACCACCCGCGAAACCUGUACGUGGUGCACCUGGACCUGAAAUCCCCGGUGGAGGACCGACUGGAGCUGGCGACGCGGGUGGGAAACAACACUGUUUUCCAGCGCAUCGGCAACGUCGAGGUGAUCCGGCGCGCCAACAUGGUGACUUACCGCGGGCCGACGAUGGUCGCCCACACCCUGCAUGCCUGCGCCGUGCUCCUCCGCCGCAGCCGCGACUGGGACUGGUUCAUCAACCUCUCUGCCUCAGACUACCCGCUCAUGACCCAGGACGAUAUCCUCCAUGUAUUCUCCACGUUGCCGAGGAACGUCAGCUUCAUGGAGCAUACCAGCAACCUGGGCCAGAAGGCGGAGGGCCGGGCGAAGCCUCUGAUCGUGGACCCGGGGCUGUACAUGUCGGCUAAGAAGGAAGUCUUCAACGUGUGGCCAGCGCGGCAGCUGCCGACGGCGUUCAAGCUGUACACGGGGUCGGCGUGGGUGGUGCUGUCGCGGGACUUCGUCGAAUACGUGGUGUGGGGGUGGGAUAACCUGCCGCGGACGCUUCUCAUGUACUACGCCAACUUCGUCUCCUCCCCGGAGGGCUACUUCCAGACGGUGCUCUGCAACGCGCCCAGCUUCGUGCGCACCGUCGCCAACCACGACCUGCACCACAUCCAGUGGGACGUCCCGGCGAGGCAGCACCCGCGGGCGCUCGGGCUCCCCGACAGGGACGGCAUGGUGGGCAGCGGCACGCCCUUCGCACGCAAGUUCGAGCGCGACGACCCUGUGCUUGAUGUCAUAGACGCCGACCUUCUGCUCGGCCGUGGGAGGAACGGCACGGCGGCCGGGAUGUUUGUGCCCGGCGGCUGGUGCGGCCAACACCGGGACUGCGGUGCCGCCCGCGCCAAUGUCGACGACUGGGUGCUCAGCCCUGGACCCGGUGCCGAGAGGCUGCGGAGGCUCAUGGACAGGAUCGUCAGGUCCCAGGCCUUCGACGGCAGCCAGUGCAAAUAGCAACGACAUGGUUAUAUUACAAGAGCCAGGUUAUUUCGUCCACAGGGGGAGUUACGUUUCUUCUUCUAUACAGUCACAGCCGCGGCCUCGUCCCAACUACCGCGAGCAAAGACCUUGAAGCUGGCAACACAUGU